AUGACGCAACAAGUUUGGCUUGAUGGUAACCUUGAUGGCUCACAUUCAGCUAGUGCCUACAAUGGUCUAUGGGGAAACACAACUAUUGGUGCCACUUUUCACUCAGGUACUGCAGUUGCGUUCAAUGGUUACAUAGACAAUGUACGAUUUGAGGCUAGAGCUAAAAAUUCGACUGAAAUUCUGAACGAUGCUACUCUACAUGUUUACUACUCAUUUGAUAGUGGUUCACUUACAGACAAUGGUCCUAAUGGUAUUAAUGGAACUGCUUCUGGAAAUUUAUCAACUACAACUGGUAGAGUUAAUCAAGCGCUGCAAUUUAAUGCGGGACCCUACAUACACUAUUCAUAUACUCCAUUUUACUUUUUAGGCAUCAGUGGUCAUCCAUUUAGUAUAGCUUUGUGGGCAGAGCCGACAGGAAGUUAUCUGCAAGAAACACUUGUUUUUGUAGAACAACCAUUUAGUUGGUGUGUUCAUGUUUUAGUAAUGACAUCGAGUGGACACUUGGUUGCUAAUUAUUGGAAUGGUUCCAAUGUAGCCACAAAUGGUCCAAUUCUUCCGUUAAAUACUUGGACACAUAUUAGCUAUACUUAUAGUACAACCAAUGGUAUUCGAUUGUAUAUAAAUGGUACCCAAUACUCGACGACAGGUUCUUUUACGUUUUCGGGCUCUGGUGUUCCAAUGCGUAUUGUAUUGGGUAGUGAUAGAGCUGUUCAUCAAUACAUGUGA